GCUCCCGGGUUUAUAAGAAACCCGUACUGGAGCAGCUGCGGCUGGCAGAAACUUAGCGGAGAUCUGCGUCUGGCGUCGCCUCCUCGUGGAGCUGAGCCGAGCCAAGCCGGCAGGAUGCGGUCGUCCUGUGUCCUGCUCACCGCCCUGGUGGCGCUGGCCGCCUAUUACGUCUACAUCCCGCUGCCCAGCUCGGUGUCGGAUCCCUGGAAGCUGAUGCUGCUGGACGCGACUUUCCGGGGCGCACAGCAAGUGAGUAACCUGAUCCACUACCUGGGACUGAGCCAUCAUCUGAUCGCACUCAAUUUUAUCAUCAUUUCUUUUGGCAAGAAAAGUGCGUGGUCCUCUGCCCACGUGAAGGUGACCGACACUGACUUCGAUGGUGUGGAAGUCCGAGUGUUUGAAGGUUCUCCCAAGCCGGGCGAGCCACUGAGACGCAGUGUCGUUUAUAUCCAUGGAGGAGGCUGGGCCUUGGCAAGCGCAAAGAUCAGGUACUACGACGAGCUGUGUGCUGCGAUGGCAGAGGAGCUGAAUGCUGUGAUUGUCUCCAUUGAAUAUAGGCUGGUCCCACGGGUCUAUUUUCCUGAGCAAAUUCACGAUGUGGUUCGUGCCACGAAGUAUUUCCUGCACCCGGAGGUUUUGGAGAAGUACAAAGUGGACCCUGGCAGAAUUGGCAUUUCUGGUGACAGUGCUGGUGGAAAUUUGGCUGCUGCCCUUGGACAAGAGUUCAGUCAAGAUGCCAACCUAAGGAACAAGCUCAAACUGCAAGCAUUAAUAUAUCCAGUCCUCCAGGCAUUAGAUUUUAAUACACCCUCUUAUCAGCAAAAUGUGAACACCCCGAUCCUGCCCCGCUAUGUCAUGGUAAAGUACUGGGUGGACUACUUCAAAGGCAGCUAUGACUUUGUGCAAGCAAUGAUCAUUAACAAUCACACUUCCUUGGAGGUAGAAGAGGCUGCUUCCCUCAGGGCCCGUCUAAACUGGACCUCCCUGUUGCCUGCGUCCAUCACAAAGAACUACAAACCUGUUGUGCAGACCACGGGCAAUGCCAGGAUUGUGCGGGAGAUCCCCCAGCUGCUGGACGCCCGCUCCUCCCCACUCAUCGCAGACCAGGAGGUGCUGCAGCACCUCCCGAAGACCUACAUUCUGACCUGUGAGCACGACGUCCUGAGAGACGACGGGAUCAUGUAUGCCAAGCGUUUGGAGAGCGCAGAUGUGGAGGUGACCCUCGAUCACUUCGAGGAUGGCUUCCAUGGGUGCAUGAUUUUCACCAGCUGGCCCACCAACUUCUCAGUGGGAAUGCGGACGAGGAAUAGUUACAUCAAGUGGCUGGAUCAAAACCUGUAAAGGAAUAAAACCUUCCAAAGGCUCGAACCCCUCCUGACCUCCUGCAUCUGCUUUGCAAAGACGUGAACUUUUAGUUGCUGAAUCCCCCUCCUUUGGUUCUUGUGAUUCUUGAAUUCUCUAUUCUCUGUAGACUUUAUGAUAAUCUAAUUUUCAAAAGCGAAUCUGAGUAAGUGCAGAAAGAUCUGAAUUUAGUUUCCAAAGUGGGCCAUGCUUUCUGUUCUUUGUUUUCUAGCCAACUACUACUAUGAUCCACAGCUGCAAAACGCAGGAGCAGGGUUGGAAAUCGCUUUGGGUUCUGCCUCCUCAAGACAUUCUUUUCAGAAGAUGUCUUUCCAGAUGUGGAUGAUGGAACGACCUGCGAUGAGUUGAGAAACGGGAGCUCUUAAAGUUAUUAGAGCCGAUUGGAUUCAGAGCAGUGUUAGAAGUGUGUACUUUUAGCUCCGUGCUGGGGGCCAAGUGCCCUCCGUUCUUGGUAGAUGGUUUUGUUUCCUGUGGGGAUUUCAGCAAUGGCUUUCUAGCAAGACAGGUUCCUCGAGGAUAUGCUUUCUCUAGCGUGUUAAUUUUAUGAGAUAGCAUCUUUAAGUCCAUUUCAAUGAAAAUGAUACUUGAAGGUUACUUUCUAUUACUACUAUUAGAAAAUAGGAGGCUGCAUGCACUGAUUAUAUAUACGUUAUUAAACUUUUGUUAUUGUUUGGUAACAUUGUCUCCUUGGGGAAAUCUUUUGGGAACAAAUUUAUUUAGAUUUAGAAUAAAUUUUCCACUUUAAAAAAAAAACAGACACAGGAAACAAUCGUAAAAAUACUUCUGGCACAAAUUACCAAGAGCAGUGUGCAUAUAUUUGAUAUAGUCAGGAAAUAAAGAACAUUUACUAUUAAUUUAAAAUACUUUUCCCUAAUGAAAAAAUACCUUUAGAAGGUCUAUUCUUAAAAACUCAACUUUUUCACUUAUAUGGCUUUAAAAUAUGACUGUUUUGGUAAAAUAUAAUGUAUUGUUUAUUUUUUUAAGUUAUUUAAUGUUACUAUAUGUAGCUAGACUUAAGGACUUUCCUGAAAAAUGUCUGUAAUAAAUAUUAAAAGGAAUGGUAUUUUUAAAACUACCUUCAAAUUAUAUGCACAAGUAAUUUUCUGGAAAGAGAUAAAAUAUUAAUAGUACCAUAUAUUAGGAAAAAAUAUUUUGAUAGUUUAUAUGCAUAUACAAGAUAAAAUAAUUAGAAACUCUGCACCUAAUAAAAUUGUCUUAAGUUUAUGUUGGUUGGGCAUCCCUUAUCCAAAAUCUGAAAUGCUCCAAAAUGUAAAACUUUUAAGUGCUAACGUGAUUAUUACAAGUGGAAAAUUCCACACCAUGAAGAUUUUUUUUCAAUACAUUUUUGUAGUGCUGGUUAUUGAACUUAGGGACACCCAUGCUUGGGAGGCAAGCACUUUACCACUUAGCUACAUCCCUAGCCCUUUGUAUUUAUUUAUUUAUUUUUAUUUUGAGGCAGAUUCUCAUUAAAUUGCAUAGACUGGCCUCACAAUCCUGCCUCAGCCUCCCAAGUGGCUGGGAUUACAGGCAUGAGCCAUCAAGUCUACACUAUAAUGAAAAGUUAUUUCAUGCACAUUAUUAAAAAUAUUGUAUAAGCUUACUUUCAGCCUCUAAGUAUAUGUAAGCUUCACAUAUGAGUAUAUGUGAAACAUUAAUUUCUUAUUUCGAUUUGGGUCCUGUCACUAAGUUAUGUCAUGCAUGUACAAAUACUGCAAAUUACAGAAAAACAAAAUGCUUCUGGUCCUGGGCAUUUCACGGAAGAGACACCCAACCUGUAGUUUAAUAUGUUAGUCAGAACACACUGCUCCUCUCUGUUUUUUAUGGUCAGAGGAGCACUUAUUAAAUUCUUCUGGGUGAGGGGCAGGAAAACAUUGCCGGCUACUGUCUCCACGCCUCAUUCUGUCCUUCCAGCCAGGUCUACAAGUUCCAGCAGCCCAAGCUUACCAUCACGUAAAUCUGCACUGCCAGUGGGAGCGUUUUUGGGGUAAGGGGAAGCUUGAGUUCUGAGUUGGGGUGCAUACAGCCGUACUCUUUCCUGCCCCGCCCACUGCCCCCCAAUCUGUGCUACUUUUAGAGCAGGCAGAGAAGAGCGGUACAGCUGCACGUGGAGGGAAGGCCGAGCGCUCCGCUCCUUUAGAGGAUGGGCAUUUCCACAUCUAGCCGUGAGGUAACAAAUAAAAAUUUACAUGCCUAUUUUGUAUCUAUUGUAAGAGAUAGUGGGAUUUUGCGUGCAUAACACAAGUAAAUGCAACCACGACCGUAUUUGUGUGCAGUGGUGUGUGUAUAAGAAUAAUCAUGCAGGCCACCUUGCUGAUGUACCGAGGUGAGGCAUUCAUACCAUCUCUGGGUUUCUUCUCCCUUUCCUCUAAAAUCAGAGAGCUGAGUUACUGAUCUUUGAUUUGUCUUCUAGUCAUAAAUUCCAACCAUUUUUUUCAGACUGGACAAAUUGUAUUGGUGAUUUGUUGUUGUUGUUAAGUUGUAAUUUCACGUACAUAGACACACGUAUCAGUGAAGAUUUAUUUUCCUAAGAAAUCAAAAUUUUGGUUCUCAUUCUAUGAUAGCUACCAUCCUCCUAUGACACCUUGGUGGUGGUGGUGCGGGUGUCCCCGGGAUGGAACCCAGGGCCUCGGCAUGCCCAGCAAGUGCCCUGUGACUGAGCUACGCCAACAGCCCCAUUCCUGGGCUUUUGACACCGUUGAAAGAAUCUUGGUUUGAGUUUUUACUGCCUCUGAGAAACAGAACAUAUAAUCCAAGAGUUCCUUCGCAAAUGACCUUUCUCUCAGAAUUACAGACACAUUCUGUCGUGGUUACAUGAACAAGUGAUUUCAGAUUUUGGAAUAGCCCUCUGAUGAAAAGAGUGAAGGGUUAGGGUCAGCCACUGUUUCUGAGGAAGUACUUGAGUUCAUUGUUCUUUUUAUUACUAUGAAAAUGUUUGUGCUCUGUAGCUCUUUUCUAGUGUGUAGCUUUGCUUUGUUUUUCUAUUUUAUGAAAAAGUUGAUAACCUUUUUAUAAUAUUGUUUGUGAAACAGGAACAUUAACAUGUGAAGAAACAACCUGAAGUGCUGUAAAAUGUAGUGAAGUAUAAAUUAAUCGUACUGUUUUAUCAUUGCCCUGUGAAGAACUUAAGAUUAUUGUACAACUAUCUUGGUGGAUAUAAUGUUUUCUGCAUGAUAUUUUAACCUUUGACUUUUUGCCUAUUUCCCACUGCAAAGGGGAAGACAGAUUUUAUGAAGGAUUUUAGGAGCAAAUAUAUUUUGUAAAAUGAAAAUUCAGUGUGGAGAUGGCAAGGCAUCUCUUGUUUGGAAUCUUGUUUGGAAAUAAAAUGGCUCCACCUGGAAA